AUGUCACGAGACGCAAUGUGGAUGGAUGCAGCACACUGGAGCUGUUCCGGAGAGGGUAAACGGCAAUGUCCGGAGUGCAUCCAAAAAAGACGCUUACAGCUUACAGAAGGAUUCGAUCACCAAUAUUCAUGGGAUAGGCACGACGAUGUUCUGCAAUCCUAUGUGCAACAAAAUGCCGCCUCAGGGUUUCAGGAGUCCAUAGGAUCAAAAACCAAUGGACUAACCGGAACAGUUUCGACUAAGAUGUUCAAACGAUCUUCCAAUGGAAGGAGUGAUGAAGCGCAAACGGGAUUGCUAACGACAUCCAGUGAGUUCAUGACACAGAUAAAAGAAGAUAUGGACCACAAUAAAUUCAGCCUCACGCCGUUUAUCUCCUGCGGUGUUAGGUAG